AAGACAACAACUCCUUUACCACUGAAUCAUCAACCCAGGUGACAAUCAAUAGUAACACCAUGGCCGACCAGUUCCCAGCUUUAGACUCGAUAGAAGACAAUUUGCCCAGCACCGAUGACGUCGCGGACUCCGAUUUCUUGAGUCGGGAAAAAGAGUUGGUGGGCGACGAAUUCAAGACUGACCAGGACAAUGACAUUUUAGGGGCUAGUGACGAUGAAAUCAACGACUUUAAAGAACAAUUCCCCGAGGUGGAUGGUGAUGAGCAGCCCCAAACAUACACCCAACCGGUGGCCGCUGCCGAUGAAGAAUUCACACUGGUAUCAAGUUCGAAAUUCGAAGGAGAGUCAAAACGCUUACAAGCAUGGAAAGAACGUCGUGAUUUGGAAAUCGAGCAAAGAGAAAACGCCAACCGCAAGAAGAAGGAAGAGACCGUCUCUAAGGCUCAACAAACCAUUGAUGAUUUCUACGACAACUACAACACCAAAAAGGAGCAACAUGCAAAGGAAUUGUCAAAAGAACAAGAGGAGUUUUUGGAAAAGAGAGAUUCCUUCUUAACCAAAGGUACUUUAUGGGAUAGAGUCAACGAUAUUGUAGGAGAAGUUGGAGAAGUUCCUGGAGAUGGACAAAGAGACAAGUCCAGAUUCAAGGGUUUGUUGAAAAAGUUGAAAGGUAAGGAAACGGUCCCAGGUGCUGGUGGUUAUUAGAUACCAUUAUAUUUUCUCCCUGUAUAGUACGAAUAAAAAUACGCUGACUAUCACAUUAUCCGGUCAAUUAGCUUUAUCAUUGAGUUUUGCUUGGUGCCAUAAUCUUUGCCGUUAGUGUUCUUCAAAAAAUCAUUCAAAUUCAUCAACUUGAAGAUCCCCACACACAACACCAAACUUUCCAACCUGGCCCAGGUUUUGACUUUGAAAGUCUGGAAAAGUGGGUGGUUUUCCUUCAAAAUCCGCCACUUCUGCAACACAAUCAACCGCAACAAGUAUAAGCUCAAGCCGUUGAAGAACCCGUCCGAGAUUCUCCUGAUAUUAUCAGAGUCGGUAGUAUCGUCAUAGUCGGUGAGAGCGUAUUUGAAAGCAGGGAUUAAAUCCAUUGAGUUGGCAAACAACGUCACAAAACCGGCAAUGAAGCCGAUGACCUUGAUAUAGCUCUUAAAAAACAACUUGCGGUGUCUUGAGCCAUGAAUAUACCUCAUCACAGGAGCCGUCAAAGAAAUGAGCAAGAUGGAUAUUAAGUUGGGUAAGUAGAUAAAAUUGGUGAUGGAGUUGGCCCGGUGAAAGAUGUACGAAACAUAGUUGAGCACCACCAGCUUCAAAUCUUUGAGCGAGUUGGCAUUGUAGACAUUGUGUUUGAACUCGUAGUAAUGGUCUACCACCCGCUUUUUAAAGGUGAGCACUCCGAAUAGCAAGAGGAAUACCAAGUUAUGAAUAAAGUAACUCUUCAACAACCCCAACCACUUCAACGAGUGGUAGUUGACACCCAAAGAAUAGUUGAUCCAGAUAGGGUUCAAUAUCCGGGACUUGAUCGAGGAUGACAAGUACCGUUGGUUCAACUUGUACCUGGUGGGAGUCAAGUAGUUUGACAAAAUCUGUCCAAAUAUCAAGGGGAAGAUCAAAAACUGCUUGUGGUUGUACAAUUGUCUCAAGCGUGGAGAAUUGUAGUAGCUGAUCUUGAAGUACCGAGAUGACUUGGGGGUCACCAAGAUCUGGGAGUGAGAUGGGGGGUUAAGUUCCCCUAUAUAGUUGGAAAACACAUAUACCACUCCAUAAUCACUGGGGAUUUUGGGGUUGUCCAAGAUCGCCAGAAACAAGAGUCCCGAGCUGAUCAAGUUGGACAACUGUGAUACCACCACUCUGUUGAUGGAAGGUUCAGUAUGUGAGUCCAGUUGUUUGCUCUUGGUGAGAGCCUUGGUGACCACUUUUUUGAUCACAGGAUUCAACAGAAGAAACCCCGCCCACUGCGCGGCCCUGUUUCUCCGGAGUACCAAGAGAAGUACCACCCACUUAAUCCACUUAUUGAUAGACCCAGUAUCAUCUAUUUUCUUUAACAUUUGGUUUCAAAUUA